GUUUAAUGCCAGCUGACGCGUUCGGUUGCAGUCGUUUGCGCGUGGUCAUAUAGUGUGUUUCUCAGUGAAUGAUUCGUUCCUCUUAUCUACGCUAGUUGAGGCGUACAUUUAAGACAGACAUAUAUUCGGCAGCUCGGUAUCAGCGCCGGUUGCAAAAUGGAGAACGUUUCCGUGUCCAAGGGUGUAUUUACUUACAAAGGAAGUUACAAAAUUGGUAAGAAGAAAAAGAAAGUUAAAUGUCCGGAAUAUUUUAACGAACCUUGGUAUAUUGCAUAUAGCGAAACUUGGAGAUAUAUUGAACAGGCUGCAGAGAAUGUCAGAUCCAAAAUGUUUCAACAGGUUAUGUUCAAUUUAGAGACUUAUGUGUCAAAAAUAAAAUCGAGUCCAUUAAAUACAGUGUCCUAUGAAAUAGCUACAGCUAUUUUGUUAACAGGAGUUAAUGUUCCCGAUCACACGACACUUUUCGAUACUCUGGUAUCUAAACUUAGUGAAAUAACGUCGCAUAUAGCAGUUCUAUGGAGCAAAGAUUGUAACAGUGUGAAAAACAUCAUCGAAGACACUGUAUAUCAAUUUAUUCAAAAAUCAGAAUCGGAUGAUGUUCCUCAAGUGCGUAAAAGUCAAUGCACUAUGCGUGCCUUAAAAGAAUGGUUUGCCGAAUAUCAGGAUUUAGAAGAUCCUUUAGUCAUAAUUUUACCGGAUUUUGAAAGCUUUUCCAUUAAUAUUUUGCACGAUUUUAUAUUGGUGUUAAGUUCGUACAGAAGUACAUUGAAGUUUGUACUUAUAUUUGGUGUCGCGACAACAUUACACAUUGUACAUAGAUCACUCACGUAUGAUGUCACGUCAAAAUUAGUAGUGCAGGUAUUUUAUACACAAACACAAGUCGAAACUCUAUCCGAUAUAGUAGAGAGCACUGUCUUCUCCUCAAAGAUUCCAUUUAAAUUAAUUGGUCGUGCGUUUCAAUUACUGACUGAUAUUUUUUUAUUCUAUGACUUUUCGGUCGAUAAUUUCUUACAAAACUUUAAGAUAUGUAUGAUACAGCAUUUUUAUGACAACAAUAUAAGCUCUCUGUGUUGUAAACCGAAAUGUAUUAAAGAAAGAAUAUCUAAACUCACAGAUGAAAAUAUUGCAGAUAUUAAAAAUUUACCAUCUAUUGCGAAAUACUUAAAGACAUCUAGCAAAGUAACGAAUGGAAACGAUAAACUCAGCGACAAAGAAUUUAAGGAACUGUUGGAACUGUUGUUAAAUAAAUUUCAUAAUUACAUGAAUCAAUUUUUAAUAAUUUUGAAAUGUUUACACUGCUUAGUUGCCUCAUUGCCAGGCGCGCCAAUGGGUAAACAGUUACGGGAGAUUUACACCAAAGCAGUUUACACGAAUAAUCUCACAGAAUCAUCUGAAUAUAAAGAAUGUUUAAAAUUAUUGGGAUUUUUAUCAAAGGAGGAACUCGUCUCGAAACUCGAAUCUGUUAUAAAGAUCAUUGAAAAUUCCAAAGAUCCAAUGAUUAAGAAAAUUAAAGUUAAUCUCAACUCUCGCAUGAAUACGAUUCGAAAAGCUAGUUUAAACUCCACGAAAGAUUCUUCCGAAACAAUCAAUUUAGAGGAAAAGCUUAGUCGUAUGCAAUUAAAAGAAAAAUUGCUUAAAAUGAGUCAGCAACAGUCGCGUUCUGCUUAUAAAAAGGCGCAGCACGAUCUAAUCGAUUAUCUGGACCGAGAAGUGUUUUUCGUUCAUCUAAUCGAGCCGAGUCGCGUGACGGCUCACGAGAUAUUCUGUUACAGCGACGGAAACCAGGCGAAGCACCAUAUCCGCGGCUCUUUGAGAGCAGCCAUACACAUGGGAUUGAACGAUCCGCAGAUGUAUCUGGAUUGCGACUGCUGCAAAUUGGAGAACGACGACGACAUUCCGCGCACGCUGCCCGACCUGAGUAUAAUUUAUAAACUGCAUUUGGAAUCCAGGAAGCUGAUCAAUAUGUACGACUGGCUGCAGGCGUUCCUGACAAUCGUUGAUCCGCAAGCCCAAUCUACGGAGCAGCGCGAUGUGAAUCCGCGACUGCAAGCUCGGUUUACUCAAGCGGUUGCAGCCCUGCAGUUCCUCGGCUUCAUCAAGACUUCUCGAAGGAAGACGGAUCAUGUAAAACGCCUUACGUAAUAACAAUAUUGCGUGUUUGAUUGUUUGCCUUAUUCGUUCACCAAACUUGUUAUACAUACAUACGUAUAGGGACAUGUAUUUUGGACGUAUUUUAUUUUGCAUCAUUUAUACGAGAAUGAAUAAAACACUAUUUUGAAAUGAAA